AUAACGAUGUAAAGUUCAUGUGAAUGGACAGAACACACAUAAAAGCAAGCCGUCUUCCUACCGUCCUUCUUCACAUUUAUUUUCGAGAUCUCACAUUACAUCUCACAAACAAUGCGUCUCUCCUUCGUCCUCGCUCUUGUUGCUGCUCUGACGGUGUCUACGUCUGUCAGUGCUGACGAGAAUUGUCCCGAUUUUUGCGACAAUGACGCAGAUUGCUUGGGCUGCCCGACAUAUGAAACGUGCAUCGCCGUAUACUACCCACUCACUGUGAAACGAUUGGUUCUGGGAGUGGGCACUACAACCACAAACGAAGAUAUUGAGACGGAGGUGGACCUCUAUGAUGACACAUCAUUUGACGAUACCAAUGUCCCGUGUGCGGUUGUAAUUGCUGAUAUGGUGGGUGCUGGUGUUGCGGCUGGUAUUGAGAGGGUGGACAGGAGGCUUGGUUCAAAGACGGACGCAGAGAGCUUGGAGUUUGAAGGGAACAACCAUAGCGAGGGUAGCGCUGAUGUGGCGGAGGAGUUAGGGCGGGGAAGAAGAAACAAGAAGGCCAAUACUCUUUAUUCCCACACGUUCUGGCGCCAUCAUGACGACGGCGAGACUUGA